AUGGCCAAGCUGGGCUGCUUCCCCGCUCUGCUCCCCGGCAAGAGGAAGAAGAAGACCCGCAAGAUCGCCGAUGCCAACAAGGCCAGCGGCAACGAAUGUCCCAAGGUGAAGCCGGUCGAGCUCAUCGAUGCGACGCUUGCUGCUGCCAUCAGGGGAUGCGAGGAGAAUGUCGCCGUGGAGGACAACAAUAAGGAAGCUUAUCAAUUGGCGUCGGUGAAGGGGAGUGAUCUGUCAGAUUUCGACUUCCACUUCCACGCGGCCAAGAAGCCCAUCCGAUCCGACGGUGACGUGGCACUGGACACCGCGGUGGCGGAGGCGGCGGACCCGUCGCCGAAGCUGAAGCGGUCUUGCUCCAACAUCGAGACUAAGCGGCCUGGCUCGCGUGCCGCUCCCGAGAUGCCGGCCCGGUCGCGCUCCUACGGCGAUCUCGGGAACCUGAUCACCGGCCUCGCCCUGGACACGACGGCGGCCGCGCACGGCGCGCCGGAGGCGAGCCCGGCGUCGGUCAAGACGUCGCGCACGGCCGACCGCGUGAUGCUGAAGAAGCGGUCGUCCAGCCAGCGGCUCUUCCUCUGGAGCCACCGCAACCUGCACAUGCCGCGGUCGGCGAGCACGGCCCAUCAAGCAGCGUGCUCGCCUGGCCGCCACUGCGGGUACACCUCGGACACGUUCGAGGAGGGCCCGGCGGCUGACCGCAAGAACAAGAAGGUCAUGGUCGACGACUCGCCGCCGCCGUCCGUGCCCAACCAGUGGGUCGCCUUCUCCGCUGAGAAGGCCAUCCACGACCGCAUCAGCGCGUGGGUGAGCAGCAUCGAAAGCGAGCCUCCGUUCCACAUCGCCGAGGAGGAUGACAACUACGAUGGAGAAGACGACGAGGAGCAUGGCGGCGAGUGUGCGUCGGAACGGCCGCGUCAUCUCGAGCUCGGGGAGCCAUCCUCAGGGAAGGGCGGCCACGGCAAGUCCAAGCGCUGCGCAGCGGCUGACGAGGUCGUCCAGGCCAACACCAUCGUGCAGUCCCUGAACGCCUUCUCGUCGGUGGCGCACAUCCAGGCCCGGUCCUCCCAAUUUAUAGGCCUGGAGCGAAGCCAUUAA